AUGAAACGCGCCUACAGCCCAGAAACCAGCCCAGAGCAUGAGCUGCGAAAGGAAAUCCUACUAGAUGAACAGCGCCCAAUUCUCUUAAGCCUAAAUGCGCCUGUCUCUCCACCACGAAAAGGAUCAUCCAUCAAAUGUAUCCAGGAUGGAGAUGAAGGAGACGCUAUCCUAUCGAACGUAUCACAACCAAACACUUUACCCAGUCUUGCUGCCAUCGAAGCAGGCCAGGUUGAAGUGACCGAUCAUGUAACCACAAUUUCCACAAAGCUCAAAGAAUACAUUCGCCCACUUCCAAAACAAACAAUACCGCGGCUACCCAUCAAGGAUUGGGUCGAACUGUACAAACGCAACGAGCAUCCAGAGGGACGUCAUUUCGUCAUCCAUCAACAUGACCAUCCCAUCGCAGGGCCCCAUUAUGAUCUUCGCCUUCAGUUCUCAGAGACCAGCUCGAACCAUCUCAUUGAAACAGCUUCCCAAAAAACGGGGAGUCUGAUUAUCUGGGAUACUGGAGAAUAUGAAAUUCUACCUUAUCAUAUGGACCCAUCUGGCCCCGAAACCGAUGAUUCUCGAUCAGAGAUCUCCGAAGAUAGCCAUGGUCCACCAGAAGAGCAGAUUUCAGAUAGUGCGAAGUUGCGAGAAGCUUUUCAAAGUCGCAAAAUCCGACUCCGACUACAUGGAACCCGUUUACCAAAAGACUACACUAUUAUUUUACGGAUGGACAAGUCAACCGAUUUCGCACGUCCGAUCCGCGAAGGCCCUAAACGGCGUCGUCGACACCCAUCUAGGCGAAGGGUCCCACAGGCCCCGUCGACCUCGGAUUCCGAAUCGCCUUCGCCGCCCCCCGAUAAACAAGAAUCAAGGGGUGAAUCAACACCGCAACAAUCUGAAUCUGAAUCUCAAACUGGGCCGGCUAAGAAUGCACAUGCUGACGAUACCCACACCGCUGACCUUGAAAUUCAAAGAAACAACGCCUACCCCGGGUCCAGCAACACGAUCGGCUCGAUCCAUCAACGGCGGUGGUACCUUAGUUUAGACCGAGAAUCAUCUGGAUUUAAGCCGACCAUUGUGAGAGGAAAUCAAAGUGAGGGGGCGAAAGCAAGUAGGAAAAGAACGUGGAUCCCUAAGCAUGUUGGAGAAGGAUUUGAGCCGUUUUACGUGCACGGGCCGGAAGCUGAGCGGAGCCUUAUCACGGCACGUUUGGGGGUCGAUGUCUUGGAUGACGAGGGCGUGAAGGAGUUUGUGCCGAGACGCGGGUGGAGGCCGGUCCUGCAUUAG